GCUGCCUGCCAACGCUACGGAACUUAGCAAACAGCUAGCAUUGUAGCAGCGUCAUUAAAAUGUGUACGAUGUGUUAGCUAUGAAUGUGUCUGCACAGCUUUGCAUAGAUCUGUCGCUGAACGCAGACAAGCUGUGUGAAUGAACCUCGAUACUUCACUGAGGCUCAAGUACCACGCUUGCUUCGUUGCUACUGGCUUGUGUUGUCUGACAGGAGAAUCAGAGGUGUGUUCAGUUAGGCUAACGGCUAGCAGGUUAGCUACAACACAACGUAACUGCCUAGUUGGCUCUCUGUUUUGCCAUUUACUUUGGUCUGGAUUUAUGGCGUUUUAAUGCUGUUGUUAUUCGAGUGGAAGUUCCCUAUGAGAGCCCUGGAUGGGAGCUUGACCUGAGCCUUCGGCUGUGUAUGAGGUUUACGCGUUGCAUCCCUGACCCUUGCUGGUCUGCUUAAUCAGCCAUAUAUUGUUAACUCCCAAACAAAUCUCCUCUUGGCAACAGUAUGCUAAUUCAUGUUGACCCCACCCAGUCCACAGGGACAAGAAUCCCCCAAAACCAAGCUCUCCAAAUGAUAUGAUAGUGGCUGCCUGGAUCACUUUUUGCGCCUGCAGGAGCCUUGCACAGGUUCUGCGUUUCCUCUCCUCCUCUAACACCCUUCCUCCAUUCUGGGAGACCUUUGCUAGUGUGGUCUCCGGCACUGAAACCAUGGGUAACAGCUGCGUUUGCCGUGAGGAUAGCGACUUGGAGGACCAUCAUCAUGGGUCGUCAAGGGCGACCCGUGGACAAGCUAGACGGGUGGAUCACAGUACAGCUGUUAGCGUUGAUGCCGGAGAGGCUAGGAGUAGUCGACCAAGAGACCCGGUCAGGCCGCCACGCAGAGGGCGAGGGCCCCAUGAGCCGAGACGGAAGAAGCAGAAUGUGGAUGGCCUGGUGCUGGACACACUGGCCGUCAUCAGAACGCUUGUAGACAAUGACCAAGAGCCCCCUUACUCCAUGAUCACCCUGCAUGAGAUGGCAGAGACGGAUGAUGGAUGGCUGGAGGUUGUCCAGUCUCUGAUUCGAGUGAUACCGCUGGAUGAUCCACUUGGCCCUGCGGUGAUCACCCUCCUGCUGGAUGAAUGUCCUCUCCCAACCAAGGAUGCUCUCCAGAAGCUCUCUGACAUGUUGAGUCUGAGUUCGGCGGUUGCACGGCAGGAUGCUCUCAGCCCUGCUAAACACAGAAACACCACAGCUGUCCUUGGAUGCCUGGCGGAGAAACUGGCAGGGCCAGCCAGUAUAGGAUUAUUGAGCCCUGGAACCCUGGAGUACCUUCUGGAGAGCCUGAGCUCCGAGGCCCAUCCUACUGUCAUGCUGUUCGCUCUCAUUGCUCUGGAAAAGUUCUCCCAGACCAGUGAGAACAAACUGACAGUAUCUGAGUCUUCUAUCAGCAAUCGCCUCUCUGUCCUGGAGUCAUGGGCAGACCAUCCGGACUACCUGAAGAGACAGGUUGGCUUCUGCUCGCAGUGGAGCCUCGACAACCUGUUCCUGAAGGAGGGUCGUCAGUUUACUUAUGAGAAAGUUAACCUUACCAAUAUCAACGCCAUGCUCAACAGCAACGAUGUCAGCGAAUACCUCAAGAUCUCCCCCACUGGGCUAGAGGCCCGAUGUGACGCCUCAUCUUUUGAGAGUGUACGUUGUACGUUCUGCGUAGAUUCAGGGGUUUGGUACUACGAGGUGACCGUAAUCACAUCGGGCGUGAUGCAAAUCGGAUGGGCCACCAAGGACAGCAAGUUCCUAAACCAUGAGGGUUACGGGAUAGGAGAUGAUGAAUACUCAUGUGCGUAUGAUGGCUGCAGGCAGCUCAUCUGGUACAACGCUCGCAGUAAACCUCAUUCUCACCCCUGCUGGAAAGAGGGAGAUGCCAUUGGCUUCCUGUUGGACCUGAGCAAAAAGCAGAUGAUCUUUUAUCUUAACGGACAUCCUCUACCGCCAGAGAAAAAGGUCUUCUCAUCAGCCACGUCUGGCUUCUUUGCGGCCGCCAGCUUUAUGUCAUACCAACAGUGUGAGUUUAACUUUGGGGCGAAGCCUUUCCGUCACCCUCCUUCUGUCAAGUUCAGCACCUUUAACGACUUUGCCUCACUGCUUCCCAGUGAAAAGAUCAUCCUACCAAGGCACCGGCGUCUGGCCUUACUGAAGCAGGUUAGCAUCCGAGACAACUGCUGCACGCUGUGCUGUGACGUCAUGGCUGACACUGAGCUGCGGCCUUGUGGACAUGGUGGUCUGUGUAUGGAGUGUGCCUUACAGCUAGAGACGUGUCCCCUGUGCCGCCAAGACAUCCAGACACGCAUCAGACUCAUUGCACAUGUCUCCUGACACACUUUCUACUCUUCCUCCUACAAGGAACGACACACAAGGCCUACAGUUCCUCCUCCUCCUCUAAUCCCCUCGUGCCCAUCAGGGCUGUGGGGAAGGUUCCACGAUACAGUGAUGAUAACAGAACAGUAGGUUCUGGUCUGAGGGGGCAGCGAUGGAGGGCUAAAGAGUAAAGACCAGGAGAUCAGAGGAGGGGGACUCAAACCACAACUGGAUCCCCAGGAGCUUUUCCUUUUAUGCCUAAAUCUCUUUUGUAUCCUUCUGACAACUCAUUGCAGAAGCUGCGCCAAGAAUCAAAAACUUUCUACUAAAUGUUUUUUUCAGACGUUAGUCCAGUUACAGGCAGUCGACUUCUGGUUGUGUAAUACCAUAAAGAAACUUCCAUUCAGAUCUGAGGAUGCCACUGAGCUCUCAGUCACAGGCUGCUUCUAUUUAAUCACCAUCAUGCACGUGUCUGCAGUUUUGAGGGCUGAGCAACGAAGCACAGCCGAGGUACCAAUAAAUUUGAGUUGUCUCA